GUGUCUGACACAGUUGUCGAGCCAUACAACGCCACGCUGUCUGUACACCAACUUCUCGAGAAUACCGAUGAAACAUACUGCAUUGAUAACGAGGCCCUUUAUGACAUCUGUUUCCGAACUCUUCGUCUUACAAACCCAACCUAUGGUGACUUGAACCAUCUGGUCAGUGCCACAAUGUCCGGUGUGACAACGUGCCUACGGUUCCCAGGGCAACUAAACGCUGAUCUGCGCAAGCUGGCUGUUAACAUGGUGCCGUUCCCUCGACUCCAUUUCUUCAUGCCAGGUUUCGCCCCACUGACCAGUCGAACGGCGCAAAACUUCCAAGUACAGACAGUUCCAGAAUUGACCCAGCAAAUGUUUGAUGCCAAGAAUAUGAUGGCCGCCUGCGAUCCCCGAAGAGGGCGCUACAUGACGGUAGCAGCCAUUUUCCGAGGUCAAAUGUCCAUGAAAGAGGUUGACGAGCAGAUGUUGGCCGUGCAAAAUAAGAAUUCUAGCUUCUUUGUCGAAUGGAUUCCUAAUAAUGUGAAGACUGCCGUGUGCGAUAUCCCGCCACGUGGUCUAAAGAUGUCGGUUACCUUCAUCGGGAAUACGACUGCUAUCCAAGAGAUCUUUAGUCGGGUAUCAGAACAGUUCACAGCCAUGUUCAAGCGAAAGGCCUUCCUUCAUUGGUAUCUCUCAGAGGGAAUGGAUGAGAUGGAAUUUACCGAGGCCGAGUCAAAUAUGCUGGACUUGAUCGGAGAAUACCAGCAAUACCAAGAAGUAGGGGUAGAUGAUGAUAUCGGAGUGGCGCCCCUUAAUGAUCUGGAAGAUGCUUAG